AUGGACGUGAAGGAUGCCUUUACAGAUGCCGAGUUCUUGGAUUCGCUGAGCCUGAUCCAGAACAACUACAACUUGACCAAUGUGCAGAAAGCAGAGAAAAUCAUCCAGCUUCUCAAGCCAGAAGGCGAAGCUUUCCAGUCGAGCGUUAUGCCAAAGUUCAUUGUCUUCCUGGGAAAGAAGAACCGACUCAGGGGCCUCAAGGAAAUCUGCAACGACUUCAUGCAGAGCCUGUACUUCAACCAGGGAAUAGCACCUGUGAUUGUGCGGACGGCACAGCGGCUGAGUGAAGAUCAGAAGGCCAGGAUUAAAGAAAAGAUGUGCGUCAAGGCAGA